AUGAGCCAUAAAGGACGGCAGGGAAGUAUGGGCGAGUGUUCUGGGGCAGCUGUAUCUGGGGUGGUGAUCCUGGAAGAACCUGAGGGUUCAGGGGCUUCAGGGGGCCGUGGGGAGGGCCAAGCCCAGGAUCAGGGUCCCCUUCGUUGUGCCGUUUGGCCACGCCAGCAGACAUGGCUGUGUGUGGUCCCCUUACUUAUCGGUUUCAUCGGCCUUGGAUUGAGCCUGAUGUUGUUGAAAUGGAUUGUUGUGGGUACGGUGCGGGAUUACGUGCCAACGGACUUGGUGGAUGCUAAUCGAAUAGGUCAGGAUCCCAUCUUCCUCUCCAAGCCGAGCGGGAUUCCCAAAAGUCCCGAUACUACAACUACUACAAUUACUCCUACAGUUGAUGGAGGGAACCCCACGCCCAAAACUGUAACUGUUAAAGGUAGAACUCGUUCCACGGCUACAACCACUACUAUAAACCCUAGAGGGGGUGGAGCCUCGGGUAGCCAAGUAACCCCUUGGAAUCCUGUAAAUCGUAACGGACGUGGACCUUCAGGUUUUACUACAACCACUGCAGCACCAAGGACGACCUUCAUAAUUGGAGCAGCAACAUCUAGCCCCGCUCCGUCUAAUCCAACUGUACUCCAUGACUCUACGCAGAUGUGGACCCCGGAGCCUACUACUACUGAGACAGUCUCUACUACGCUCACCACGCGUACGCACAGCCACCGCAAAUCACCAUCUCCAACUGUCCCUCCGCUGCACUCGGAACAUUUCAAACCCUGCCAUGAGAGGGACCUGGCCUACUGCCUAAAUGGUGGCGAAUGCUUUGUCAUCGAGACGCUCAGUGGGCCUCACAAGCACUGCAAGUGUCGAGAAGGCUACCAGGGAAUCCGCUGCGACCAGUUUCUGCCCAAGACAGACUCCAUCCUGUCUGACCCAAAUCACUUGGGCAUCGAGUUUAUGGAGAGCAAAGAAGUGUACAAGAGACAGGUGUUGUCAAUCAUAUCCAUCGCCAUGGCCAUCAGCCUCCUGGGGACCCUGUGUAUGGCCCUCUACUGCCGCAACAAGAGGCGCAGAGAGAAGCUCCAGGCCCAUCUGAAGGAGAGUCGCAGUCUGAAGAACUACUCUGCUAAUUCCCACAAUGCCCUGGAUGCCAAGAUGAGAACCCUUAACACCAACCUGCAAAUGCAUGAGUACUGCAAACGGUCCUCCAAGUCUCGCCAGGGAAACGUUGGCGAGUCCGGCUGUGCGCACUGCAGCAUCGCCGCCACAGCGUCCAACAGCUCCAGAGGCACGGCAAAACCUCACAGAAACGGGUCCCUGUCCCACAGCCCAGAUCAGAGAACCCGGGCAGGCCAUUGGUCGGCUCCGCGCAGGACCCCGCCCCUACCCAAGGGACGGCUAAAUCCGAUUGGCGGAUCCAAGUACUCAGGCCCCGCCUACCAACACCUUCAAGAAGUAGACUCGGCUGAGAAGGAAGCUGAAGCACAAAGACGCUGCCAAACGCAGGGAGAGAACCAAUGCGACGACCCCAGACAGGACGCCCUCCUUCAUAUGCAAACUCCUGUUUCCAUGGAGACAACGUCACCAUCACCUUGGGGGGGUCGCACGGAGGAAUGUUCCGGCCUGUGCCCUCCAUCGGGGCACAGCGAUCCGAACCCCGCCACCCGGAGCCUGCGGAGGCCCGGCCGCUGUCACAGCCACUCCCCGCCUCCUCCGUUUCGCUCCUGCUCUAUCCCGAUCAUCCCCUCCGUCCAGUGUCACCCUGACAACGAGGUGUCCUGUAUGCAAACCAGUGUCACCCCGGCAACCACAGCCAAGUCCGUCACCUGCGGAGCCACGCCCUGCAAGGGCGAGAGGAGAGAGAGGGCAACGCGCGUCGAUUUGCCGCCUUCUUCCUGCUCGUCGGCCCUGGGCCAGCAGCAGGACGAGGUGGCGCUGCUGCUGGAGGAGGCGCAGGAGCAGCUCAGGGCGCUGGCGUUGGCUCACAGGAAGCAGGAGGAGGGCGGGAUCAGCAGCGGCGGAUCGACGGCUGCGCUGGUAGAGGCCAGAGAAACUGUUUGCUUCCUGAACCUUAACGGAGGAAGUGCUGGGGUGCUGGGCUCUCAUGGACCAACGCAGACCCAGUUACUCAGCCCCAGCCUAGCACACAGAGACCUGGGCCAAACCGGCCAAUGAAAGGACGCGAUUUAGAACACUUGCUUUCGGUUUGAUAGUGUUUGACGGACUGUGGUUUUCUGCAUCUGUGGGACGUGAAUGGAAAUGCCGAAUUUGAAAAAAAAAAAAAAAGUAAUAUCAUGGAAAUUCUGAAAAUGUGCUGAUGAUAUGCAUUCUGUAUGGAUACAAACAUGCAGACACUUCUCGAGGGGCCGCCUUUACACCCACUGACAGUACGGAAAAAGAGAAAAAAAUAUUUACAUGCAUUUAUUUACAAAACAAGAGAAACACUUCUACUUAGACAAAAAGAAACCAAAUAGUCUGUCAAAUUCAUGGUGUUUUUAAUUGUAAAAAGAGUAUAUAAAUAUAUAUAUAAAUAUAUAUGGAUAUAAAUAUAUGGAAUUCAAAAAGUGACCAAGUACAAAAUUGAAGAACACAGGAAUGAUGUAACUAUUUUUCUUUUCUUUUUUUUUCUUCUCCCUGUUUUGUAUAAACUCUGUCACGUCUCGGUUCUGGCUCAGUUCUAGCGGAAGAACUUCAUUAACGUCCCACCGUGCGUCCGCGAGCCAUGAGCCGGAUUCUGUGAGCCUGCACAGGAUCCAUCACGGCCGACGGGGAAGGAGCCUC